AUGCUAGGGGCGGGACAGGGAAUCCUUAUUCCUCCAUUGAUCCUCACUGUCCGUCUCGUUAUGCCUGCAGGUGGCUGGAGCCGGCAUUUCUUAGAUCAGGGCUCUAGACAUUGGAUUGUCUUCCGAGAUUUCGACGAAGGGGAAUGCCAAUCGAAGCGUAACGACAAAUUCCUGAAGAAAGGAAGUUUAAAUCUCGACUUUUGGCGACGCAGUAAACAGAGCCAUAAAGAACGACGCGAGAGUAGCAGUUAUUGUGCAUUUAUAUCAAAGGAAAGUGUGUCGCAACUGCAAAUGCCCUCGCGAGGACCACUGCGGCGGCGAGAUGGCCCCCCCACCGUCGCUCUCGGAGGCGCCCAACCCACAGAACCCGCAGCACCACCACGCCCACGCCAGCACCCGACCCCCGGGGCGCCCCCACAGCUCCAGCAGCCCCAGGAGCCCUCGACCAAGAAGCCGGGCGUGUCUGUGGGCGGGGUGUUCGGGGGCGUGGGCGGCCUGAUCACGGACCCGCAGCGCCACAGCCAGAGCGACGACGACUCGGGGUGCGCCCUCGAGGAGUACACGUGGGUGCCGCCCGGACUCAAGCCCGAGCAGGUGAGUCGGAAUACCUUUGAGUGCGACGUCGACCAGAGUAAGAUAAGCGACGUCGACCAGAGUAAGAUAAGUCGUAGAUUUUAA